AAUCUUCUCGCCUCGUCGUCCCUCUCGUCGGAUACGCGCGUCCCUCUACCACAGCCGCGUGCUCCUGAAGCUUCUUCUCUGGGUAGCUUGCACAGGCAUUCUCAGCGUCUACCAAGCCCGCACAGUCUCAGCCCACGGCCUCAAAGAUUGCGCUGACAUUUUCGCAGCAGGAACGGCUCUCCCAUUGCCUCUUGCCACAGAAACCGAUUACGAUGAAGCAAGCAGAGAAAAAGGGACGCCCUCGCGAGGGUACAAGCGAGAAGACGGCGUCUGCUGGAGCAGAGCCGAGAUGGCAUGCUACGCAGCGAUAGGCAGCGCCGGUUAUCCCACAAGAGACGCCGCUGAAGAGCGCGCGCAGCUGCAUGUGUCUGGUGCCCUUGAGACGAAACUGCGGCAAUACCACCGGUACCGGCGAGAGUGCCUGCGAGUGGAGCCAAUGGAACAGCUGCGAGCCACACUGUUAGCCGGCAAUGCCACUGCCUGCCGCUACUUGCUCUACCACCAAACUACAGACGGGCAGGGUAACCGACUUUUGUCGCUCAUCUCCUCGUUUGCGUACGCAUUGCUGACGGAUCGGAUUCUCCUGCUGGUGUCCCGCAGUGGGCCCGCUACAGAGUUCUGUGAGCCAUUCGAGCAUGAGGCAUCGUGGGUCUUGUUCGAUGGGCCGGAGGAAGAAGGGGAGAGGAAUGCGAGGCUGCUUCACAACCAUGUGGCCCAGGAGUGGAGGAGCGCGAGGGAGGGAGAGGAGGCACGGGCGUCGGGUGACAAGCUGCCACCACCAAUGCUACGCCUGGACAUCAACCAAGCAACCACCCCGUCUGGCUUCUUGUUUUUCUGCGAGGCAGAGCAGCAAUGGCUCUCCCACACGCCCACGCUGCUCCUCACCUCCAACCAAUACUUCCUCCCCGCGCUCUACCUCCUCCCCUCCUUCCGCCGCCUCCUCCUCCUCCUCUUCCCUGCCCACAUGCCCUUCCGCUCCCUCUCCCGCCUGCUGCUCUUCCCCCGCAACCGCAUCUGGGCGGGCAUCACACACCGCUACCACACCCUCCUUGCCCCAGCGCCGGCUCGAGUCGGCCUGCAGGGGCGCUUUUCAACGCAUGCAAAGGAGAGCACAGUAGCGUUCUACACUACGGCUAUGGGGCGUUGCAUGGUGCAAGCUCUCAACUCCUCGACCGUGCAGAGAGCAAGGGGGUUGCGGCUAUCCAGGGAGGCGGCCUUGAAGGCAAGUCAGGAACCUUCGGAGGUGCAGAGGGGGCAGGAGAUGCGAGAGGGAGAGGGAGGAGGCUCAGCAGGGCGGGGCACUAGUGGGAGUACUGGGCAAGGGGUGGGAGGUAUGGCUGAGAAUGGUGCGUUACGCGGUGGUGGGUUGGAUCCAAUGACUAGAACAGUGAGUGGUGGUGACAGGAGCAGUGGAGGUGGCAGUGGCAGUGGUGACUGCAGCGUGGGGGGUUCAUGGGGCAACGUGACAGAGGUAAUGGUUGCGUCUCUCAACCAAUUCCUAGUGCAUAACCUCUCACAGGCUGUGACGGCCGAUGUGCCUGUAGCGAGAGUGACAGUGGGAAGUGACACUGCUUGUGCUCCCAUGGAGGAUGCUCCUACAGAGGAAGAGCCACCACCCAGUGGUACCGCCUCCACUGCUGAUCCUGGUGUUGCAGGUGCAGGUACUGUAACUCCCAAUGUAAGCACGGACACUAGAAGCAGCAGCACUGAUAGUGGCACUGGCAGCAGCAGCAGCAGCAGCAGCAGCAACAGGAGCGGCAGCGGCGUUGGCAGCAGCAGGAGCAAGCGCAACAAUGGCACUUCUGGGUAUGGCGUGCACAUCGUGCACUUGACUGCCGAUGACAAGGAGAACACCACCAAUACGGCAUCGGUAGACCGAGCCAUCAUCGACAUCUACACUCUCGCUCUCUUUUCCGAUGCACUUAUAAUCUCCAAGACUUCUACUUUUGGUUACCUCUGUGCGUCCCUCUUUGGAGUGCCCCAUGUUACAUUUGUGGGGCACACUUGCAUUCCCGCUGUUUCCGAGCCUUGCAUGCACUGGCCCCCCACCAAUGAUCGAUGCCCGGAUGGCAAUCCACAGAAGCUGCAGCUGCUCCUGGCUGAGAAGCCAGAUGUGCCCCUCAUGCCCUGUAUGGACAGACCCAAUUCACUUGGGAUCAAGCCCUUGGAGAGUGCACAGGAAGACUACUACAACCGGCAGUGA